AUGUUAUUUAACGCAGGACAAAGCGGGGCUGGAAACAAUUGGGCGAAAGGACAUUACACUGAAGGUGCCGAAUUAGUAGAUUCCGUUCUAGAUGUUGUCCGAAAGGAAGCAGAAAGCUGCGACUGUUUGCAAGGUUUUCAACUCACUCACUCCCUCGGCGGUGGUACAGGCUCAGGGAUGGGCACGCUGCUCAUCUCAAAGAUCCGAGAGGAAUAUCCCGAUCGUAUCAUGAACACGUUUAGUGUUGUACCUUCCCCUAAAGUGUCGGAUACCGUCGUGGAACCCUACAACGCAACUCUCUCGGUUCAUCAGCUUGUUGAGAACACCGAUGAAACGUACUGCAUCGACAACGAAGCCCUCUAUGACAUCUGCUUCAGAACUCUGAAAUUAACCACCCCGACGUAUGGCGACCUAAACCACCUUGUGUCAGCCACAAUGAGUGGUGUGACCACAUGUCUUCGAUUUCCCGGCCAGGUAAAUAUACUCGUUUUAGUAUCAUGAAAAAAAUAUAGAAUUGUUAUCCUCAGAUAAGCUACCAGUUAAUUUUGAUUUCGGACAAGAAUAAAUUUGCUACGGUCACGCCCAUAAACAAAAGUUUGCAAUGAUGUAAUUUGAGUAAUUAUAGUUCUCUAGACAGUUUCGAUGGGAAAAUAAGAAACCUGAAAUGUUUUUCAACUGUGAUUGCCAGCCCUUUCCUAUACAUGUGAGACUGCUCUUGUGUGAAACCUGCCUUACAUUAUACUUCUUGUCUUCAGAUUCUUGAAUAAAUAUGAUCCAUGAUAUUAGCGUUGGGGCUAAAAGUCCUUUAACACUUUUUAAAUUACACAUCUGCAGCCACUUUGCUGAAGCAGAACUGAGUUACUUAAUGUCCAUUCCUUGUAAAAUAAUGAGCAAAGAUUUGUACACCUUUAUUAUUACCUUAUAGAGAUAGAUAUUUGGUGUAUGUACUGUUCAUAAACAACAGGUAAAGGAAAACUGUUUAACCACUGAAGUAAUUUCCUUCCAGCUGAAUGCUGAUUUGCGAAAACUAGCAGUCAAUAUGGUUCCCUUCCCCCGUCUUCACUUCUUCAUGCCAGGUUUCGCUCCUCUGACCAGCCGAGGCUCCCAGCAGUACCGAGCAUUGACAGUUCCAGAGCUGACACAGCAGAUGUUUGAUGCUAAGAACAUGAUGGCAGCCUGUGAUCCCCGUCAUGGUAGAUACCUGACUGUGGCUGCAAUGUUCCGAGGCCGCAUGUCCAUGAAGGAGGUUGAUGAGCAGAUGUUGAAUGUGCAGAACAAGAACAGCUCAUACUUUGUGGAAUGGAUUCCCAACAAUGUCAAGACUGCUGUAUGUGAUAUUCCACCUCGAGGACUGAAGAUGUCUGCCACCUUUAUUGGAAACAGCACUGCCAUUCAGGAACUAUUCAAGCGCAUUAGUGAGCAGUUCACGGCUAUGUUCAGGCGCAAGGCCUUCUUGCAUUGGUACACUGGUGAGGGCAUGGAUGAGAUGGAGUUUACUGAGGUAAGUUAA